AUGACCGCUCCUACCUCGAACCAAUCACUACCUGAAGUCUCCCAGGUAUCGGCUAACCCUAUCGUUAUCCCACCUCUGUCUGAUCCGGCGGCACCGUCAAGUAACUCGGAUCCUUCUGCAACAACUUCGUCGCUUCUGGCGGCGGACCAGUUCCGUUCCUCCAAUGGCUCCUACCCCGAAGUCGAAACUGCCCCCAUUACUGCUGUCAACACUAUCACCCCUGGUACACCCGAACCUACCGAAACCAUUCAACCCCAAAUCACUCUUUCCCUUCUCCUUGUCUCGGGCCGCAGGCGUACCCUAACAUUCCCAAAGGAUAUAACAAUUUUACGAGUCAAGGAACUCAUAUGGAAUACUUGGCCACAGGAAUGGCAGAAUGAACAACCUCCUUCACCGGGUUUCCUAAGACUUCUGUAUUUAGGGAGGAUAUGGGCCGAUAACCUCAGGCUCAGCGAUAUGAACAUACCUGAGACAUCCUCUACGCCUACGGUAGUUCAUAUCUCUGUCCGCCCAUUCGCCCCCGCUCCAGAUGAUGACGUAUCACGGAGCAAGUCUAAAUCUAGCCGCAGGCGAACCCGGCGAGCUGCCGAUGCCGCGGCGGUCGCUGGUGGGGGCGAGAGUGGCCCGAAUGACUCAAACCAUGGAGGUGGAUGCUGUGGAUGCAUUAUUUGUUGA